AUGGUCCAAAAGAAGCCGAAGAAGAAGACCGGAAAGAAGGUAGCUGCGGCUCCUUUAGCAGUUAAGAAAGUCGAACCCAAGAAGGUAACCAACCCUCUUUUCGAAAAGAGAACUCGUAACUUCGGUAUCGGACAAGAUAUCCAGCCAUCCAGAGAUCUGAGUCGUUUUGUUAAAUGGCCCAAGUACAUCAGGAUACAGCGACAACGGGCUGUCCUUUACAAAAGAUUGAAGUUGUUCAAAAUCUUGGAGAAAUACAGACCAGAGUCUGUCUUAGCCAAGAAGUUGAGGUUGAAGGCGCGUGCUGAGGAAAAAGUCGCCAAGAAGGAAGACACUCCAACCAAGCGCCCCAACAUGCUCAGAAGUGGAAGCAACGCCGUAACAACUUUGGUUGAACAGAAGAAAGCUCAACUUGUUGUCAUUGCCCACGAUGUUGACCCCAUUGAGAUCGUCCUGUUCUUGCCAGCUCUUUGCAGGAAAAUGGGAGUACCAUACUGUAUUGUAAAAGGCAAAUCACGAUUGGGACGUCUUGUAAGACGCAAGACCUGCACUGCUGUCGCUCUUACUCAGGUUGACUCUGCUGACCGUGCCAACUUCGCUAAGGUUGUCGAAGCAAUCAAGACCAACUUCAACGACCGCUACGACGAGAUCAGACGUCACUGGGGUGGUGGUCUUCUUGGUAGCAAAUCUGCUGCCAGAAUCGCUAAAUUGGAAAAGGCUAAGGCUAAGGAACUCGCCCAGAAACAAAUCCUCAUAAGCACUCAAAUUAAUAGCUGA